CAGCUGUGCAGGCUGACCAUCUCUGUGUUAAUUCCCCCGACUUCACUGGAACUUACUGCCAGAUCAAGUGUGCAUAUUACUGCGCCUUUACAACCAGAUUCUCUAUUCCCAUAUUCAGAAGUAAGUCUUACUUUUUCAGUGGAGUUUGCAUCCAAAUAAAUAUAGAAUAUCAAUUUUUGAUUGCGCUGGUAUGCACACUUAAACCGUGCCAACAGAGACCCAGGAUCAGACUACGCGAUUCUGAAGUGCUUUCUCGGAAGUAAAUUUUACCAAGUUGAAUAGGGCUUAAUCUUUUAGUGUUUGUGUAUAGCAUCGCAGUCUAUAAGUGAAUCUGUACUUUUCAACAGAUCUUUUAUCAAGGCCGCCCCCCUCAUUCAGCCCUGUUCUGUUUCCCGUUUCUUCUUUUGAGAUGGGAGCGAAAUUCUUUUAUGGUUCCUUGUUCUUUGCUCAUCAGUUUAUUCGUCCGGAUUUCUCAUGAAUCCGGAGCAUGCUUUUGUGACUGCCGAUCCACCCCCUUCCACUCCAAGGAUCCCUUUUAUUUAUUUCCUUGUAACCUAAGCUCUUUUUUUUUUCAAUUUCCUGGUGGAUCCGGCUCCUUUAAGAGGCAGAGCGCAAUGCUGGGAACUCACGUCACUUUUCAGCCCAGAAACUCUCCAGAUCAAUGAGCAAAGAAAAGCCGCUUUUCACAGUUCUGUCUUUCAGUUUCUCUCUUCCAGGAAAAGGAAAAUCCCCACAUUCACAGAUCAGAAACGGAGAAAAAGAAAGAGGGGGAAGGGACCUAUUGAGAAAGCGCUAAUACCAGCUCCUGGCAUUGAUAAAGCUUCAACUCCCUACCCCCACCUCGUUUCUUUAUUUUUUUUAAUUCAAAGCCUAAAACGCAAAACUGAACCAUGCAAGACUUUUCUCCCAUGGUAAAUCUGCUACAAACCUUGCGGGUUUUUCUUUUUGGAAAGAUGAUCGGAGGAACUUCUCUAUAAAACGCCUGCGGUUGGCUGGGAAAGGAUUUCUGCUGGGGUUGGAGGAAGAGGAAAGGAAAGAGGAAAGAAAGAAAAAAAAAGAAAGCGGAGAACUUCCUGGUCUCUUUAUUUCCUCCUCUUCUGAGAAAUGUCUGAAGGUUCUGGCCAGUGUUGUAUCAAGCAGGAAAGGAUUUCAUACACCCCUCCAGUGAGCCCAGUACCAAAUUACACUUCCUCUUCGCCACUACAUGUCCCAGUGCCUCGACCAAUCAGGAUGGAGGAAGAUGCUAUCAGACUCCCAGCCCAUCUGCGGUUACAGCCCAUUUACUGGAGCAGGGAUGAUGUGGGCCAGUGGCUGAAGUGGGCAGAAAAGGAGUUCUCAUUGAGGCCUAUUGAAAGCAACACUUUUGAGAUGAAUGGCAAAGCACUCUUGCUUCUGACCAAAGAGGAUUUCCGAUACAGGUCUCCACAUUCAGGUGAUGUAUUGUAUGAGCUUCUGCAGCAUAUUUUGAAGCAAAGGAAUUCUCAUGUGCUGUUUUCACCUUUCUUCCACCCGGGGAACUCUAUCCAUGCUCAGCCAGAAGUGAUGUUGCAUCAAAAUCAUGAUGAAGACAACUUUGUCCAGAGACCUUCAAGACAAUCAACAGACACAAUCCAUCACAACCCACCAACCAUUGAACUAUUGCACCGUUCUAGAUCACCCAUCAAUUCCAAUCACAGACCUUCACCAGAGCCUGAGCAGCGGUCAUUGAAAUCCCCACUGGAGAAUACUAUUCGUCGCCUCUCACCAGCUGAUAGGCUUUUGGGGACAAGACACCACCAGGAGAACAAUCACCAAGAGACUUACCCCCUCUCAGUGUCUCCGAUUGAGAAUAACCACUGCCCAACCCCUUCUGAAGUACAUCAGAAGCCUUCCAGUCCUCGCCAAGAAAACACCAGGGUGAUUCAGCUUAUGCCCAGCCCCAUCAUGCACCCCUUGAUACUGAAUGCCAGGCACUCUGUUGAUUUCAAAGCCUCGAGGUUGUCUGAAGAUGGACUGCACAGAGAGGUAAAGCCCAUCAACUUGUCCCACCGUGAAGAGUUAGCAUACAUGAACCACAUCAUGGUCUCUGUCUCCCCUCCAGAAGAGCAUACAAUGCCCAUUGGAAGAAUAGCAGACUGCAGGCUCCUUUGGGAUUAUGUCUAUCAGCUGCUGUCAGACAGCCGGUACGAAAACUUCAUCCGAUGGGAGGACAGGGAAUCCAAAAUAUUUCGGAUAGUGGAUCCUAAUGGGCUGGCACGGCUGUGGGGGAACCAUAAGAACAGAACAAAUAUGACAUAUGAGAAAAUGUCUAGAGCGUUGCGCCACUACUACAAACUAAAUAUUAUAAGAAAGGAGCCAGGACAAAGGCUUUUGUUCAGGUUCAUGAAGACCCCAGAUGAGAUUAUGAGUGGCCGCACUGACCGCCUGGAGCAUCUUGAAUCUCAGGAACUAGAUGAGCAAAUAUACCAGGAAGAUGAGUGCUGAAGGAACAUGUUCCCUUGCUUCGCUUUGGUCUGUGGAAGAACAGUCUGUACAGAGGCACAUUCAUGUGGGAAAUGAAACCCAGGACUCAACAUUUACCUUGGAGACCCGGCAGAGCCCCAGAGCACCUUAGCAAAACAAAUCCAUUGGCAAGGGUAGUGUUGGCAGUAACAUUUGGGAGAAAGAGAAAAAGAAAGAGAGCACUACUGCAUUGUUGGUUUUUAGAUUCUCCCUUGCCCCAGUGUGUUUUUAGUUUUCCAUUUUUGUUUGGUUGGCUUGGGAUUUUAUUUUUCUCAUUAACAUGCCAUUUGGCCUUUUUUAAUGACUUUUGUAGAGCGAAACAUCUGGCUUUUUCUUAUGCGGAUUUCCUAUGGAAAUGUAGCACAACUGUUUUCUGUGCCAAGUAUCACAAUAUGAUUACAGCAUAGGAACAAAUAGUGGCAAAUGUCACAUGAGGGGUCUGAAAAUGUCUCCAGUUGUCUAAAGAGAUUUUAUUCACUCUUGUCACAAAGGUAAAAUACCUUGGACUGCAAUCUAUGAUUGAGGGUUUAAGAAAUGGAGAGAAGUGCUGAUUGAAAGUCUGGGAGAUCUGACUGGCAUAUAUUCAGCUGGUGUUAGGUCUUGCAAGUGUUGGAUAACUCCCAGAGUGCACAGACUUUAUUCAAGCACCUCAGUAUGCAGGAAUUAGAAGGAAAUAGGAGAAGCUCUAACAAAACACAGUACAGUUCCUCAGGGGUUUCCAGCUCAAGGAAGAUGUAAAUAAAAACCACACUGAUAAGAUAAAAUGUGUGUUUGAUUGCAUUUGUUGAGCCACCAACAGGGUAUUUUCAGGUGCAAGGCUGAGGCUGGGUUCCUGUGCUAGCCAAUUGCUUCUAGAGGCAGAAGAAACAGUGCUCAUAAAAAAGAAGGAAGUGUUUGGGGCCUUCAGAAUAGCACUUUAGCCUUUCUAGAAGCUUCCCCAGGAUUGGGCUAGACUUCUCUGAGAGAUGUCAACAAUACCACAUGCACUAAAGAAAUCCCACAAAUAAAAUUUCUGGGCUGAUUGGUUUUAGUUUACUCUGCUCUACCCAUAUUGCCAUUUUUGGACAAUCUUACCCAUUUCUCUGUGGAUUUUAAUGAAAAGAACUUCUCAUUCUUGCCCGGUUAAGUUUAAAUGUUUUUUGCUGGUUGCAGCUCCAGGUUAGUUCCGUAGCCUUUAGGAUGAGAGGAAUUUUGUAUGUGCCUUUUGUUGAUAGGAAGUCUUAGUUCUGUAAAUCUCAUUAAGUCCCUUUCCUCUGAAGAUUGUUAAAUUAUCCUGAGGGCUGUAUGUUAUUCUAUGGUUUUAUACCACGAAAUAGCUUACUCUUUGUAGAGUGCAUAUGUUUGUGUGUACACAUGAUGACAGAAUGCUGUGUGUGUUACAGCAUCUCCGCUUUGUACAAGCCAUUGACAGGGUUCUGUGUGUUACAUUCAAGAAAUCAAAUUUAGCUGCCACAAUAACUUAGACUCUAACAGGAAAUAUGAAAUAUUAUUGAUUUGAUAUGCAAAUUAAGUAUACUUGGCUGUUUUCUUAAUUUGCAUAAUGUGUUAUGCUUCUACAACUGGGUUAUAGUCACAAAGAGCCACACUGAGUCAUGAAGUCCUAUUUUUCACCCUGCUCUGUCACUGAAAAUUCUGCUCAGACAUCCUUCCUAUUUCUGACAUUUCACUACACUUUUUCCAGCCUCUCUCCUGAACCUGAAUGACUAGAAAAAUGUUUCCCCCACCAUAUGUGUGUGUGCACGUCUAAGCAGUUACACUUCAGAUUCUCAAGGGGUUGAGUCUAGUACCUGCUCCUGAAUUUGGAUGGUGAGGUUGUGGAAAGUGCCCAGUGAGUUUUAGCUGUUGGGCAAUAUUGAAAUGAAAUGAAAUUAAAUGCUUACAACCCAGGCCAUCAUUUUGUUUUUUUAAUCCAUGAUAAUAACAGUCAUGCACUCUUAAUAGGCAUUUAGCAGUAUUCAAUAGAAAAUUGGCAAACCCCUCUUUUUUGGGUUUUUGUUGUUCUAGAAAAUAUUUAAUAGUGAAAUGAAAUGUACUACUGAUAGAGAUUAACUUCUUAUAUUUAAAAUGUAGUAUAUGGAAAGAAACUCAUUUUGCACACAUGUAAAACAUUCAUUCUGUCAUGCACGCAAGCGGCCAUUUCUCCCACCCUUUGCUCAUCACUUUUCUCCAGUGGUAGCUCCUCCUGCCCUGCUUCCUUUUCCCUUGCAGCCCCUGUAGCUACUGACCUUUACUUAACUUGCUUGUUACUUAUACCUUGGCCAGCACAUAUUAGCCAGCACAUUAGAUGCUCAGCACUUAAAACAAAUUGAAAUCAACUCCAGCAGGGUUCUUGCUUACCCGAUAGCCCACCAAUGAAGUAACAUUAACAUGUUUUAUGCAAUUAUUUCUUAAUGAGCUUAAGGUCCUACACAGUGUUUAUUUCACACAUUUCAAAUUAACUGCUUUAUGCAUUUGCAAAAAACUUCAGUUCCAUUUUGCAGUUCAUUUUUUGUAAAUUCAUCCAUUGUUUAUAGCUGAUUGACUCUUCCAGAAAAAAGCCUAUCCUCCAUUCAUUUCCAAAAAGUAAAAGAAGUAAAGAAGACUUCAUGUCUGAAAAGGCAGACCUCUAAGACCAGGAUAUCAGAAUAUGUCUUUCAUUCAUGCAAGCAGCCCAGACUGUAUAGGCAAAUUUAAUACAUGAACCAUGUGAUCACAGAUAAGUUCAGAGGCAAUUUCUGUGACUGAGGUAGCUGGAAAAAGAACACAUCAUUUGAUGGCUGUUAAAGAGUGAGAUAAAAUUGCAACAAAAACUGUGUUUUUCAGAUGCAUCAAUCCAAUCAGAAUUCUUGUUUCCUUUGGGCCAAACUAGAUGUUAUAAUUAAUGCAUGAUUGCCAGUGAAAAUGGUAACAUUGCAUCCAAUUUGUAACUAUACCUGCCUGUCAUGACAUUCUGCUCUUCCCCACCCCACCAGCAGCAGCCUAAGACAGCCAAUGGUAAUAGGAAAUCUACUUUGAAAAUGUAAACAAGUUGGGGAACAGCUGUGCUGCAAUGAGUCACUUUUAGGUUCCCCAUACAAAUGAGCAUUGUAAACAACCCAGCAUUCACACAAGGACUGAAGAUAAAAUUCUUUACCAUGUCUGUCUAAACAGCUGCAACCAUAUGCAAAUUAACGGUGAAAUGGUUGUACUAUUUUUUUUUAAGAAUAAUGUUUUUAUUUUCUUAAAUAAAUUAUAGUCUGUUAAUGAUGGCUCUUUCUUUUUUUUCUUCAAGGUGUGGGGUUAAGGGACUGAACUGAAUGAAUGUAACAAAGCAAACAAGAAUGCCUCUUCUCAGGGCCAGUGAGUUGCAAAUAAUUUUUAAAUGCUUGUAAUUACAUCAUCUCAAUAAAUUUUUUAAUAUAAAAA